AUGGGCACCGUCCUCUCCAUCUCCCCCGCGUCCAAGAAGGCGUCGAUCAUGGACUCGGAGGUCGCGGGAGAAAAGGCCGACAAGAGCAUCAAGAAGCACUCCAUGUUCGUGUCCCUCUCCUGGAGGAAGCUGGUGUCCAACUCGGCCAAGAAGAGCGCCAAGAAGGUGACGCCGAACCCGGUGGCCACGCGCGAAAUCCCGCGCAACCAGGUGGCCCAGCUCAACAUCGAGAACAUCAGGAAAACGCACGGAAACGAGGAGAGGAAACCCAAAGCGCCCAUCCCCGUCCCGGUGCCCACGGUGCCCACGCUCAACAAUGACGCCGUCACCCAGAACGGGAGGCUGUCCUCGGUGCAGAAGCAGCCCAGCAGCCUGUCUCUGGUGUCCCCGCGGCGCAUCGUCAUCCAGGCGUCCACCGGGGAGCUGCUGCGCUGCCUGGGGGACUUCAUGUGCCGCAGGUGCUACAAACUGAAGGAGCUCAACAGCGGGGAGGUGAUCCUCUGGUUCCGCAACAUCGACCGGACUCUUUUGCUCCAGGGCUGGCAGGACCAGGGCUUCAUCACGCCGGCCAACGUGGUGUUCGUGUACCUGCUGUGCGAGGACGCGAUCGCGGACAGCGUGGCGUGCCCCGCCGAGCUGCAGGGCACCUUCCAGACCUGCCUCUACCUCGCCUACUCCUACAUGGGCAACGAGAUCUCCUACCCGCUCAAGCCGUUCAUGAUCGACGCGAACAAGGACGUGUUCUGGCAGACGUCGCUGCGGAUCAUCGACAGGAUGAGUGCCAAAAUGCUGCAGCUCAAUGCGGACCCGCACUUUUUCACCGAGGUCUUCCAGGACCUCAAAAACCAGCGAGACACCAGCGGCGAGGCGAACCUGGAUCGCUGA